CAUGCUACUGUUGAUAUGAAGGGGAAAGCAUUGAAAUGCCUUGAAUGUGGAAAGAGUUUCACUCGGAGGGAUCAUCUCCAGAAUCAUGAAAGGACUCACACUGGGGAGAAACCCUAUAAAUGCCUGGAGUGUGGAAAGAGUUUCGCUCAGAAGUAUCUACUGCAGCAACAUGAAGGUACUCACACUGGGGAGAAGCCCUAUGAAUGCCUAGAAUGUGGAAAGAGCUUCACUUUUUCUUCAAGUCUACAUUCUCAUAAAAAAACUCACACUGGGGAGAAGCCCUAUGAAUGCUUGAAGUGUGGAAAGAGUUUCUCUCGGAGGGAACAUCUCCAAAUUCAUGAAAGGACUCACACUGGGGAGAAACCCUAUAAAUGCAUGGAGUGUGGAAAGGGUUUUACUCGGAGAGAAUCUCUGAAGAAACAUGAAAUGAUUCACACCGGGGAGAAACCCUAUAAAUGCCUAGAGUGUGGAAAGAGCUUCAAUCAGAAUGAAAAUCUAUGUGCACAUCAAAGGAUUCACAAUAUGGAGAAACCAUAUAAAUGCCCAGAAUGCGGCAAGAGCUUCACUCAGAAUUCAGGACUACGUACGCAUCAAAGGACUCACACUGGAGAGAAACCCAGCACAUGCCUGGAGUGUGGGAAGAGUUUCACUCAGAGUGCAAAUCUAUAUUUACAUCAAAGAACUCACAAUAUGGAGAAACCUUAUACGUGCCUGGAAUGUGGACAGAGCUUCAAUCAGCGUUCAUGUCUACUUUCACAUCAAAUGAAUCACACUGGGGAGAAACCGUAUAAAUGCCUGGAGUGUGGAAAAAGCUUCAAUCGGAAUUCAAAUCUACGUUCACAUGAAAGGACACAUACUGGAGAGAAACCCUACAAGUGCCUUGUGUGUGGACAGAGCUUCACUGUUAAUUCAAGUCUACAUAAACAUCGAAGGCUUCAUACUGGGGAGAAACCCUAUAAGUGCCUUGAGUGUGGACAGAGCUUCACACAGAAUUCAAGUCUACGUUCGCAUCAAAGGAUUCACACUGGGGAGAAACCUUAUAAAUGCUUUGAGUGUGGAAAGAGCUUCACCCAUAUUUCAGGUCUGCGUAAUCAUCAAAGGACCCACACUGGGGAGAACCCGUAUAAAUGCCUGGAGUGUGGACAGAGCUUCACUCGGAGUUCAGGUCUACAUUCGCAUCAAAGGACUCAUACUGGAGAGAAACCCUACAAGAGCCUUGAGUGUGGACAGAGCUUCACUGUUAAUUCAAGUCUACCUAAACAUCGAAGGACUCACACUGGGGAGAAACCCUAUACAUGUCUAGAGUGUGGACAGAACUUCACAAUUAAAUCAAGUCUAGGUUCACAUCAAAGAACUCACACUGGGGAGAAACCCUAUAAGUGCCUGGAGUGUGGACAGAGCUUUACUCAUAAUUCAGGCCAACUUGCACAGCGGUGGUUAGCAGAACUUCGCACCGUGGACUUGCUUCCAAAGGAGAAGAAGCAGCGGCAGCACAAAGAGGGGAGUCGCCAUGUUGCCGCCGCCUCCUCCGUGGGCCUAACCAGCCCUCUCUAUCCCCGCCACCUCCUUCACCUCGCCUUAGCCUCAGGAGGAGGAAGCGCCGCUGCUAAGAGACAUGGUCCACCGCGAGGAGGAGGAGGAGGAGAGCAGGAGGAGGACCAUGUGUCCUGGCGGCAGUGCUUCCUCCUCCUGAGGUGA